CGCGAGCCCGUACCCGCUCGGUUGCCGUGGUUGCAGGUCGGGCCCAUCCGCUCGCCCGCUGACAGCGAGGCUUCGGGACCAGGGAAGUGGGUCGGUUGGUCGGUCCGGAACGAGGCUCCGGCAGCCAGGCCCGAGCGGAGCUGUUGCCAUGGCAGCCGCCGCCGGGGCCGCGGACGAGGAGCCGCGCUCGGGCCGCUCCAGCUCGGAUGGCGAGUGCGCGGUGGCGCCGGAGCCGCUGACGGGCCCCGAGGGCCUCUUCUCCUUCGCGGACUUCGGGGCUGCGCUGGGCGGCGGCGCGGGCCUCCCGGGCCGGGCGUCCGGCGGGGCCCAGUCUCCGCUGCGCUACCUCCACGUCCUGUGGCAGCAGGACUCGGAGCCCCGCGACGAGCUGCUCCGGAAGAUCCCCGCCGGCCGGCUGCGGCGCGCCGCCAGGCCCCACCGCCGCCUCGGGCCCCUGGGCAAGGAGGUGCACGCUCUGAAGAGGCUGAGGGACUCGGCCAAUGCCAACGAUGUGGAAACAGUGCAGCAGCUGCUGGAAGAUGGUGCAGAUCCCUGUGCAGCGGAUGACAAGGGCCGCACGGCUCUCCACUUCGCCUCCUGCAAUGGCAAUGACCAGAUUGUGCAGCUGCUCCUGGACCAUGGGGCCGAUCCCAACCAGCGAGAUGGGCUGGGGAACACGCCACUGCACCUGGCAGGCACACAGGGCCAGGCCCUGCUGGUCCUGCACUCAAGCCCCUGUUCUUCCUCAGCGGCCUGCACCAACCACGUCCCUGUCAUCACCACGCUGCUACGAGGAGGGGCCCGGGUCGAUGCCCUGGACCGAGCUGGCCGCACGCCCCUGCACCUGGCCAAGUCGAAGCUGAGCAUCCUGCAGGAAGGCCACUCCCAGUGCCUGGAAGCCGUGCGGCUGGAGGUGAAGCAGAUCAUCCAGAUGCUGAGGGAGUACCUGGAGCGCCUGGGGCGGCACGAGCAGCGGGAGCGGCUGGACGACCUGUGCACCCGCCUCCAGAUGACGAGCACCAGAGAGCAGGUGGAUGAGGUGACCGACCUCCUGGCCAGCUUCACCUCCCUCAGCUUGCAGAUGCAGAGCAUGGAGAAGAGGUAGCAAGAGGGGCUCCCUGCCUCCCACCCUGCCCCUGCCCACCCUGCCCACCUGCUCUCGUCACAAAGAAAAGCCUGGCGCCUGGGACUUGGGAGCUGCACUUGUCUGCAAGGCCAUCGUCCUCAGCCCAGAUGCUAUGGGCCAGAGAUGCUCUCACCAACCCAGAGCCUCUCCCAGCCAUGGUCUCCAUCAUCUCCGAGCCAGGACCACAGCCCCAGCUUCUUCCUCUGACCCCCGCGGCACUGCAGCCACAGCUCAGCUCUGGCCGACUGGCGCGGGCCUAGCAGGGCUCACCCACCCCGUGGUCUUCCUGGCACCCUCGGCAGGCCCCAGACCCGCCCCUGUCUCUUCCUCCCAGUCAUGGGCUUGCUGCAGCCAGCAGGGUGUGGCUUCAGGCAGGUGCCCUCGGGCCUACAGAGCUUCUUGGAUGGCCCUGCACCUCUCACCAGCAUUAGAUUGACACUUGGCACCUGACUUCCAAGGACACAUUGCGUGAGCUUCUCUGGGUGGAAGGAGAGGGUUGGGAAAGCCUAGACCCUAGAAAUACAAGGUUAGGAAGGGCCCUGCUUAACCAGAGCAGAGAAGCCCAACCCUUUUUCUCCCAGUCAUGAGGGCCAGGAGGGCCUGGAGCCUAGCUGUAGGGGGCUGAGUAGCGGCCCCCAAGGUGUCCGUGUUCUCAUCCCAGGAACCUGUGCCUCUUACGGCAAAAAGACUUGGCAGAUGUCAUACGUUAGGGUCCUCGGACAAGGCGGUUACCCUGAUGGUCCGGGUGGGCCUGCUGUGAUCCCAGGGAUCGUAUGAGAGGAAGCAGGCCAGAGAGCAGGUAGGGGUACGGUGAUGGAGCAAGAAGCUGUUCAUACCAGGAAGGGGUCACAAGCCAAGGGAUGCCGGCGGCCUCCAGAGCUAGAAAAGGCAAGGAAAUGGAUUCCCCUCGGAAGGAACCAGCCCUGCCGACAACUUGACUCGCCCAGUCAGACUAUUUUAGAAUUCUGACCACCGAACUGUAAGAAUAAAUGUGUGUUGUUUUAAGCCA